CGCCGCCCUCGCCAGCAUCCAAGCCCGCAUCCCCACCCGCACCUUCUUCUCCACCCAUACUUGCACCAUGUACACGCACACGAACUGGAGGCGGCAACUGGAGCAGUCCUUUGCAGGGAACGGCGGUAUUCUCAAUUGCAGCUUUGCCCAGCUGGCCACCAUCGGUACUGAUGGACGCCCGGCAAACCGAACCGUCGUAAUCCGAGGCAUCCAUAGCGUCUUGGUCUCGGCUUUUCCCGAUAGCCCCGCGACAGGGUCCAGGGUAUUCUUUGAGGUUGCAACAGACCGCAGAAGCAACAAAUGCAGGGAGAUCCUCCAUAACAACUUUGGCGAGCUCUGCAUGUACUUUUCUGGCACCUGGGAGCAGUUCCGAUUCGCCGGGCGGCUCUAUCAUAUCCAUAACCAGGUUCCGCAGCAUGCCGGCCUGGCUGGCAUCUCGCCAGAAGAGCUCGAGGCCGAGCGGUACCGAGUGUGGAAAUAUGUAAUCAGCGAAAACACCCGCCAGUCGUUCGUCGGACCCACCCCAGGCACGUCCACGAAUAAUUUUGAGGACCAGACGCUGUUGAGCGCUCAAGUCGAGGCAAAGUCAUCCCAGACGUCGGCGAGCGAUCUCGGAUACGAAAACUUUUCGCUUUUGCUGUUUGAGCCCGAUCGGGUUGACUACUUGCAGCUUAGCACCAGACCCCACAGCCGCACCAUCUUCAAGAGCUCUCCUGGGUUGGGUGUCGAGCAGUGGUCGUUCGAAAACGUCAAUCCCUGAGGCCGUUGCGACGAGCGCUUUCUCCGGUGCAGACAUUCGAUUGUCUCCAAUAUACCAGUCAUAUCGGUGA